AUGCAGGACAUAAGGAAUCAGAUAAGUCAACUGGCCACCAAAGUUAACCGUUUGGAGUCCCAGAACCAAGGGAAGCUGCCAUCUCAACCGGAGUUGAAUCCGAAGAACGUGAGCGCCAUGACCCUAAGGAGUGGGAAAGAAAUUCAGAGGCCUGAACCUGUGAUUCCUAAGGACAAUGAUGAAAAGAAGAUCGAAAAUGAGCUCGAAAGGGAGGACAGCAAUGGUGCAGAUCAAAAGGUACUUCCUGACCCAAUAAUUACAGUUAAAACUAACCCGCCUCCUUUUCCUAACAGGUUGGAAAAAUCAAAGAAGCAGGAUAAGGAGAAGGAAAUCUUGGAGGUUUUUCGCAAGGUUGAGAUAAAUAUCCCCCUCUUAGACGCCAUCAAACAAGUACCAAAAUAUGCCAAGUUCCUAAGGGACUUGUGUGUCAACCGAAGGCGAUUGAGGGGGGAUGAAUGGAUUAUUGUUGGGGAGAAUGUGUCAGCGGUCCUGCAGAGGAAGCUUCCACCAAAGUGCGGGGACCCAGGUAUGUUUACUAUUCCUUGUAAGAUAGGUAAUACUGUGAUCAGAAAGGCCAUGUUGGAUCUGGGAGCAUCAAUUAAUGUCAUGCCUAAAUCUAUCUAUGCUUCUCUAAAAUUAGGUCCAUUGAAAGAAACUGAAAUUAUCAUUCAAUUAGCUGACCGAACUAAUGCAUAUUCUGAUGGGUUGGUUGAAAAUGUAUUGGUAAAAGUUAAUGAUUUGGUGUUUCCAGUUGAUUUUUAUGUACUGGAUAUGGAUGAUGAUCACUCCCAUGAUCCCUUACCUUUGUUAUUGGGUAGACCUUUUAUGAGCACUGCACAGACGAAAAUUGAUGUUAAUAAGGGUACCUUGUACAUGGAGUUUGAUGGGAAAAUUGAAGUCUUUGAAACUGAUGGCAAGGAUGAGUUGGAGGUGGCUUUAACCAAGCACCUCGAGUUGGAGACAACUCCUCAGGUGGAAUGGAGUGAGCAUUUAAAAUGCACAAUAGGUGCAUUACACUCAUUGCAGACCACCACGAAAAGGUAUGAAAUCUUACCUAUUUUUACUCCCGAGCCUCACCAGAGGGUAUUGUCAUCUGUGGUGCAGGCACCUGCACUGGAGUUGAAACCUCCACCAGAGCACCUGAAAUAUGCAUAUUUGGGUGAUAAUGAGACACUCCUGGUGAUUAUCUCAUCGACACUGUCAAAAAUCCAGGAAGAGAAAUUGAUCCGGGUCCUUCGGGAGCAUAAAGAGGCGAUAUACUGGACAAUCGCAGACAUUAAGGGGAUCAGCCCGGCCAUCUGUAUGCACCGGAUUAGGCUAGAAGACAAUGCCAAACCUGUUAGGCAGGCUCAAAGAAGGCUCAAUCCCCUCAUGAUGGAAGUUGUAAAGAAAGAGAUUCUAAAAUUGCUAGAUGUGGGGAUCAUCUUUGCAAUAUCUGAUAGCCCUUGGGGCAUAGAAGUUGACAGGGCUAAAAUAGACAUUAUUUUUGCAUUACCUUACCCCGCGAGUGUGCGGGAGGUGCGCUUUUUUCUUGGACAUGCAGGUUUUUAUCGAAGAUUCAUCAAGGAUUUUUCAAAAAUUGGAGCCCCAUUGUUCCAACUCCUACAAAAGGAUGUGACCUUCGAAUUCAAUGACAAAUGUGAGAAGGCCUUCGACAAGUUGAAAGAAUUGUUGACUUCACCCCCAAUCAUCCAGCCCCCUGACUGGAGUCUACCAUUUGAGAUUAUGUGCGAUGCCAGUGAUCAGGCCUUAGGGGCUGUAUUGGGGCAAAGAAUAGGGAAGGCAGCUCACGUCAUCUAUUAUGCAUCCCGAGCAUUGAAUGGAGCCCAGUUGAAUUACUCCACCACUGAGAAGGAGUUUCUUGCAGUUAUUUUUGCUUUAGAAAAAUUCAGGUCAUAUUUGCUAGGUGCUAAAGUAAUUAUAUUUUCUGACCAUGCAGCAUUAAGGUACCUAAUGACCAAGAAAGAUGCAAAGCCGAGACUCAUAAGGUGGAUAUUGCUACUACAGGAAUUUGACCUGGAGAUAAGGGACAAAAAAGGCUCAGAAAAUCUAGUAGCAGACCAUUUAAGUCGCAUACCAAUUGGGGAGGAUAAUGAGCCAUUGAAGGAUGCAUUCCCUGAAGAACAUUUAUUUUCCUUAAAUUCUCAAUUGCCUUGGUAUGCUGAUUUGGUCAAUUAUCUAGUAACGGGUGAUUUUCCUGCAGGUUGGCCAAAAUCGAAGAAGGAUAAAUUGAAAAGUGACGCCAAGUAUUUCAUCUGGGACGACCCGUACCUAUGGAAGAGAUGUGCUGACCAAAUAAUGAGAAGAUGUGUAAGUGAAGUGGAAUUUCAAUCAAUUUUAGCUUUUUGUCAUGCUUUUGCCUGUGGAGGUCAUUUUAGACCCAAGAGAACUGCUCAUAAGGUUUUGGAAAGUGGAUUUUAUUGGCCUUCAUUGUUUAAGGAUGUCUAUGUGUUUUGUAAGUCAUGUGAUCGCUGUCAAAAGGCUAAGGCCACUCGAACUAAUGACUCGAAAGUAGUUGCAGAUUUUAUCAGGUCUAAUAUUUUUGUGCGAUUUGGAAUACCUAGAGCUAUUGUCAGUGAUAGGGGGACGCAUUUUUGUAACAAAACCAUAGCUGCGUUGUUUCGCAAGUAUGGUGUACUCCACAGGGUCUCAACGUCAUACCAUCCUCAGACCAAUGGUCAAGCGGAGGUGUCGAAUCGGGAGAUUAAGUCCAUUUUAGAGAAAAUGGUGCGCCCUGAUAGGAAAGAUUGGAGCUAA